CAGGUUAGCAAGUGCAGCCGCAUCACAGAUUCAUCUGCUCAUCCUGUUCACAGCAUCACAAAUUCCAAAACACAAUUGGAAAUGGCUCUGAUGGGGAUGCGCAUUACAAGUCUUCCUGUCUUUGCAAAGCUGCAUUACAACUCUGGCGUGGGUACGUUUUUACUCAGGAUAAACCUGGAGGUGAAUGAAGUGACGGAUUGUCCGCUGCAGAAGAAUCUCUU